GCUCAGAGGUGCGGCAUAGCAAAUGGUGCCUGUGGCUCAUCUUAGCCAAAUUUUAUUAUUAUGUGUCCUACAAGGUUUAUUUGUUAGUGGAAGCAAAAUUCUUGUAACCGGAGGAGCCAACUUCAUUGGUUUUCAUACCUCACUUAGACUCACAGAAAAAGGUCAUAAAGUUGUACUACUGGAUAAUUUCAAUAAUGAUGAAGCCCUCUUAAAGAAGAAAGCCUCCAUUCUCAGUGAGAAAGGAGUGCAAUUACUCCAGGGGAGUUGUUCUGAUGUUCAUGAUGUUCACUAUGUCUUUAAUCAUCAUCCUGAUAUAACUGGUGUCGUCCAUGCUGUAAGCAGCAAUGAAGCUGAUCCUUUGAAAUCUGUGAGCGGUAACAUUGAGCCGCUUGUCAAUCUCCUUGACGUUAUAAGAAAGAGAGAGGAUAAUGCUUCUCUAAUUCGUUUAGUGUAUCUCUCGUCAUUUGAUGUUUAUUCUUCGGCUAAUCCUCUUCCCUUUUCUACUGCAAGUGAGCUCUCUCCUCCAAAAUACAUGCUGGCAGCCAUGAAAAUGAGUGGAGAGAGUCUCGUUACUGGAUACACUUGUACCUAUCCUAAAUCACUCUCCUCUGUCAUUCUGAGGCUGUUCUCAGUGUAUGGUCCUUGGUCAUCUCCUGGUAAUGCUGUAUACGACAUUGCUAAGACCAUCGAUGAUAAUAAUCCUGUAGAAAUACCUCAUAGAAAUGGUAGUUCUGUGCAGUAUGAUUUUGUGUAUAUUGAUGAUGUGUUGAAUUCUGUUGAAGAAGCACUAGAGCAUGCCACUGGGUCUGAUAGCUCGUGUGUUUCAGCCAUUUUUAAUGUUGGAAAUGGAGUGGGCGUGGCUUUGACAGAAGUAGCAAAGCUGUUGAUGCAGGAAUUGAAGAAAGAAGUUAAAAUUACCAGUACAACACUUGCAGAUACCUUUACACAUGCAUCCUAUUCUGAUACAAGGGACAGAUUAAAAACUAUUUCACAAACGUCAUUGAAAGAAGGUAUUUCAAAGUUUGUCAAAUGGUUUAAAAGUAGAACAAAUGAUCCAGGCUCCAAACCAGCUGCACUUGAUUCAAUCCACUCAAAGGCUUUUAAUGAAUUCAUUGAUCACAAGAACAAAGCAUUUCUCAAAAGGAUAGGAGAUUUAAGAGAAAAGUAUACUGCUUAUGCUAGAGAACAUAAUAUUCCAGUUGCAAAGUUUUAUAGACAUAAAACGUACAAAUUUUUCCCAGGAGUAAACUCUGGUAAGGAUAGAAGAAAAGUUGAUGGGUCUAUUGAACAUGUUAGGGAAAUUUGCAACAUCGUCGAUGAAUGUGUAGCAUUUAAUGCACAGGGUCAACUCAAAGGUAUAAUUGAUCAUCAAUCAAAGUGGCAGAAAGGCCCUGGACUUUAUGUUGCAGAGAUUGACGUGUGUGAAGCUGGACUUCACAACUGCUUUGGAAACUCGACUUGCACUUACAAAGGGCCAGCUCAAUUUGAGUGUAGCUGUCAUGAAGGCUAUGGCUGGAUUCAUGAUCGCUGUGUUGAAUUAUAUGUUGAAGGGAGAGUGUCACAGGCUGAAGCUGAUGAGAAACUUGCAGAUUACAUUGAUGGAAGAAACUGGAAAGACUAUACUGGAAGGAAAACAGAGUUUUACGUUUUUAAUAAUAAAGAUGACUUUGUACCCUAUGGAGAGCUGGUAUAUUAUCCUCAGGCUCAUGGCGAUGUAGAGAAGCUAAAGGAAGCUUGCUUAAAGACUUACCACUGCAUUGGGUUCAGCUCUGACGGCUUGUUGAGGAGAGGAUUUGGGCAGCCUAAGCACUGGAAAUAUUCAGACAAUGUCUUGUACGUAUUAGAUGUGGAUUACUGCAGUCUUGAUGCAUUCCGUUGCCCUCCCCAUUCGCGCUGUAGGAGGGAAAGACCAGGCAUGUACAGCUGCUGAUGGCAAGACUCUCUUUCAUGUCAAUAACACAAAUAAAAUAGUCAUAACAAUUAAAGAUUAACAUAUUUUUAUAAUGCUAAUUCUUACUACAGGAUUAAAAAUGGUAAUAUAAAAA